UUCCUUCUCUCUUUACCUUGGCGUUUCCUUCUCUCUUUACCUUGGUGUUUCCUUCUCUCUUUGUCUUGGCGUUACCUUCUCUCUUUACCUUGGCGUUUUCUUCUCUCUUUACCUUGCUGUUUCCUUCUCUCUUUACCUUGGCGUUUCCUUCUCUCUUUACCUUGGCGUUUCCUUCUCUCUUUACCUUGCUGUUUCCUUCUCUCUUUACCUUGCUGUUUCCUUCUCUCUUUACCUUGGCGUUUCCUUCUCUCUUUACCUUGCUGUUUCCAUCUCUCUUUACCUUGCUGUUUCCUUCUCUCUUUACCUUGGCGUUUCCUUCUCUCUUUACCUUGGCGUUUCCUUCUCUCUUUACCUUGGCGUUUCCUUCUCUCUUUACCUUGCUGUGUCCUUCUCUCUUUACCUUGGCGUUUCCUUCUCUCUUUACCUUGCUGUUUCCUUCUCUCUUUACCUUGGUGUUUCCUUCUCUCUUUACCUUGGUUUUUUUCCUGGUUUUAUCAUAUGAAUAAACAAAUAUUAAAUUGAUCUAUUUUACAAUAAUUGUGAAACAAGCUUUAAGCUUAUUGUAAUCCCUCUUGUUGGCUUUGAUUAAAAUUUUUCCCUCUUUUUGACCCGGAUUGAAAUUUUUCCCUCUUGUUGGCUUGGAUUAAAAUUUUUGCCUCUUUUUGACCUGGAUUGAAAUUUUUCCCUCUU